CAACUUACCUGACUCUGCAAAAUUAUUGAAAACAGCAACCACUAAAUGAAGCCAACAACAGUACUAUAGUUGACCUCCAAUAUGGAUUGCAGAGUAAACAUGCCAAACUCCUGUAGCAAACGAGGCGGAUGGAUCACCUUCCCCUUCAUCAACGGGGCUGUGGUGGGCUUGACACUUGCGACCGGAGGAUGGCUGUCAAACUUGAUUGUAUAUCUGAUUCAGGAAUUCAAUGUGAAAAGUAUAAAUGCUGCUCAGAUUUCAAACAUAGCGAGUGGUUGCAUCUGUCUGUUCCCUAUCAUUGGAGCUGUUGUUGCCGACUCUUUCCUAGGCUCUUUCUUCGUUGCCUCAAUCUCGGCCUGUAUCUCUUUGCUGGGCAUAGUUCUUUUAGCAUUGACUGCAACACUUGAUUCCUUGAGGCCACAGCCAUGUGAUGAUGGAUCAAGCUUGUGCACACCACCCUCAAAACUUCAAUAUGCGGUCCUUUACACAGCUUUAGGUCUGGCAUGUAUCGGGUGUGGAGGUUCUCGCUUUACUCUGGCAACAAUGGGAGCAAAUCAAUUUGAUAAGCCCAAAGAUCAAGGGAUUUUCUUCAACUGGUAUUUCUUCAGUCUUUACACUGCUUUAGCAGUAAGCAACACUGCCAUUGUCUACAUUGAGGACAACUUGAGUUGGAGAUUGGGAUUUGGCCUUAGUGCCAUUACUAACUUAAUCGGUUUGGCCUUCUUGUUGUUGGGAAGCCGUUUCUACAUUUAUGAUAAAAUACAAGGGAGCCCAUUCACUGGUUUAGUUCGUGUUAUUGUAGCCACGAUUCAGAAGAGGAAGGUGCAGCUCUCAUCCAAAACCGAGGAUUACUACUAUGGUCAAGAUGGAAUUGCAGAAAUAGCUAUACCAUCUAAAAGGAGGUUCAGGUUUCUCAACCGUGCAGCACUCAAAAUAGAAGGAGAUGUUCAAUCGGACGGUUCAGUGGCAAAACCUUGGAGAAUAUGCACAAUGCAACAAGUAGAAGAUCUCAGAAACCUGAUCAGAAUAUUGCCAUUAUGGUCAACAGGUGUCUUCCUAAGUACCCCAAUAGCACCAGUCCAGUCCAGUUUGACAAUCCUCCAAGCUCUAACCAUGAACCGUAACGUUGGUCCUCAUUUCAAAAUCCCAUCUGGGUCUAUCCUGGUGUUGGUCCUAAUCUCCACAUCCAUCUUUCUCACCAUUAUUGAUCGUUUCUUAUGUCCAAUGUGGCAGAAGCUCACAGGUUCCUCUCCGAUGCCUCUCCAACGAAUAGGAGUAGGCCACGUGCUAAACACAUUGAGCAUGGCCACGUCAGCGCUAGUGGAAUCAAAGCGGCUCAAUAUAGCCCAAGCCCACCACCUCCAAGACCAGCCCAGCUCCAUAGUGCACAUGUCUGUCUUGUGGCUAUUUCCACAACUAGCUUUGGUUGGCAUUGGAGAAGCAUUUCAUUUCCCAGGGCAAGUUGCGUUGUAUUAUCAAGAAUUUCCAACAUCACUCAAAACUACAUCAACUGCAAUGAUUUCAAUGAUCAUUGGGAUAGCUUUUUAUCUGAGCACGGCUUUGAUUGAUCUUGUUCGAAGGGUCACAGGAUGGCUACCAGACAAUAUAAAUGAUGGAAGGGUUGAUAAUGUUUAUUGGGCAUUAGUUGUGGUGGGGGUGCUCAACUUUGGUUACUACUUGUUGUGCGCUUGUUCGUACAAAUAUCAAAAUCUUGGAAAGGGAUCAGAAAAUGGUGGUUCUGGCGGUACUGAUAAUGAGGCACAUGGUAAGGCUUGAAUGUCUUUAUAACCAGUUCUGUAUCUAAAACGUUUUCUUUUGAAACCAGCAUAAGGGAGAUUCUAUAUAUCAACA